AUGACCAGGGCGUCUUCAAGUCUCCGUAUUGCAAACACCGCCCUCGCAGACCCAUUUGACGAGAAAAUUGCCAGGAAAUGGGGCACGCCAGCGGAUUGCCGCAGACGGGCCCUUGCAGAAGUUGCCAUCAAGAACGUGUCCAUGACCUAUGGAUCUGAUGCCACUUUCAGAGUGAGGGUGUAUGUUCCCGCCGUAGAAGACAAGCAGUCCGUGCCUAGUAGGCCUGCGCUGAUCAUGUAUCAUGGUGAAGGUUGGAUUCAUCGCUAUCCUGAAGUAGAUGAAGACCUAGCCAUAUUCUUCGCUUCGGAACUCAGAGCCAUUGUCAUAAACGUGGACUACCGCCUCUCCCUUGAACACAAACUCCCACUCCCCCUCGACGACUGCCAUCAGGCCGUCUAG